AUGUCAACGGAGCCCCUCUUACCAUCUUAUGCCUCUGCGACUCAGCAUGAUGCCAGGCCCCAUGUCAGACGUCAUUCUGCUCGUCGACGAACUUCCCUCAUCAUCCCAGCGGCUCCCGUCAUCCAAACCUUGAGUGGGCUCACAUUCAUGACAACGGCGAUCAUCUCCACUGUCUGGGCUUACCGAAGCUAUGUACCUCCCCCGGAGCUGUCCCCAGCAGAGCCUCCUUCGUUACUCCCAUAUUUCGCAUCCCUAUGCCUCACUAUUUCGCUCGGCUUCUGGGUCGGAUACUUACUGUUCAUCCUAUAUGAUGGAGCCGGCGGGCCAAGAAUGCAACGCAAAGUCGUCAUCGGGGCAUCCACCGUGGGGAAGUUGGUUCUAGCGGGGGCUCAUAUAGGGGUUUGGUUGGGGUACAAAUAUCUUCUCACCGGCUCGAAGCAGCCCAGCUGGGCACUGAUGUUUCUGGCAACACAGGCAUGCCAUGCCCGUUUGGGUAAGGGCGCGGUGCGGCCAGAGCCGGCGGCUUCCCAAACGGGUGCCCGAUACCCUUCUGGUCCACAUCUUAAGAAGCAGGCACUUGGUCUCAACAACCACCUGUAUGGUUACUGCUUUGCGAACUUCAAGCUGCGUGUGACAUUCCCGAACAUGCAAGCUAUACUUGAAGCAGUCCCUUCGCGCUAUCGAGGUCCGGGUGGAGCGGUCGCCAUCAUCAAGGAUGGCGAACUGGCCGGAAAGUAUACCUGGGGAUAUGCAGAUUUGCGGAAACGGAUCCCCAUGACUGCCUCAACACUAAUGCCAAUCUGCUCGAUUACGAAGCAGAUGCUGUGUCUGAUCCUCAAGGAUCUGGAGCGCAACCCCACACCAGCCAUGGUGGAGCGAGGCGAUAUAGCUCAGCAACUGUCGGAUGCUUUUCGCCAAUUGGUCUCCCCCGAGCUCAUCGAGAACAACGGUCUCCGAAUCGACCACCUCUGCAACAACCAAUCGGGAAUUCGAGACUAUUGGGCCAUGUCGAUGCUUUGGGGCACACAACCGGAAGGGCAAUUCACUCUCGCGGAAGACGCCAAGAAAGCGCUGGACCGGACCAAGUCCCUCCAUUUUCAACCAGGCACGCAGUUCUCCUACUGUAACUUCAACUUCCAUAUCCUUGCUCGCAUUGUCGAGCACGUUAGUGGAACGUCUCUCGGCGAACUGCUCUCGGAACGACUCUUCUUGCCUGCUGGGAUGAAAACUGCAACCCUCUGCGCAGACAACGCCAAGUUGCCUCCGCCAUGCGUCGGGUACGAAGGCAAUGAAACUUUUGGCUAUAUUCCGGCCAUCAACCAAACUCAAUGGUCCGGUGACGCCGGCAUCGUGGCUAGCCUGGAGGAUAUGAUCGCCUACGAAUGCUAUCUGGACAAGGCAUGGGCCGAUCGGAAGAGUGUGUAUCGAGAGCUCGCGAAAGAGCCAUUAUUCGAUGACGGUACACCAGCUGGGUAUGGAUAUGGCUUGGAACAUAUAAAGUUCGGGCAGACUGCGACCAUCGGCCAUGGCGGGGCCAUUCGUGGAUAUCGCCUGCACCGGACCCAAGUACCAACAGAACAAUUUGCCGUUGUGGCUAUGCUGAAUCACGAAAUAGAUGCCGCAGAGGUAGCUGGGCAUAUCCUUCAGCAAGCUCUUAGUCUCCCUGCACAGCAUGGGCUGCUUUCCAUGCCGGCCCCAAAUUGGGCGGGAGUUUACUUUGACCCGGAGGCAGAAUUGGUGGUUGAAGUUCGCCUUGGGGGACCAGGAGAAGUCAUCGUGACGUAUACGGGCGAUGAUGAGACACUGAAGCUUACUGAGAAAUUUGAGGCACGGUCGGACCUGGCAACUGCCACGCUGUGUUCCGAUAUCCUCAUACUCCACCGUAAAUACGAUAACCGUCAUAUCCAGGCAAACCGGAUUAUUCUUGAUAAACAGCCGCCCAAGGGCGACUCUGUCGGCCGAUACCACUGUGCGGAAAUGGACUCCGUAUUUCUAUGCAGCGGAGCCGGUGGUAUGCUGUACGGAUCGUUCAAGGGAUUCCUCGGCCACGGGCCCGCGGAGCUCAUGCGAUACCUGGGAGACGACAUCUGGUUUCUCGUAUGCGCACGAGGCCUAGAUGCGCCAGCACCGGGGAACUGGACUGUUGUAUUUCAACGGGACGUACAGGGCGAGGUGGUCGGUGUUACGUUCGGGUGUUGGUUGGCCAGAAAGAUUACCUUUGUGAAGGAAAGAACCCCUUAA